CGCGUGGAGGAAAGGCAUAGAAAGUGGAGAAAACUGUAGACUGAAAGAGAGACAAAAAAGACACCAAAUGAAAAAGAGUUUCACAUUUCAUACAAUUCACGACAAGAAUAAAACUUCUCUCUUUGUCCCUACUUCCAUUGGAAAAAAGCUUCACAAAAGGCCAAAACAACCCUUCUCUCUCUUCCCCCCUUCGUCUUACUUUGAGUCCUUUGUACAGAUCCCUUCUGUUUCUGCUUUAAUGGAAGAGAACAGUUAGUUCCAAGUACAUGGGGUCCAUACAGAUUUCUGGGUCACUCUUAUUUUCUUCUCUAAUGCCAUCUUUCUUGUGACGCACUUUUGUUUCUUUCUUGUUUCUCAAAAGGGGGAAGCUAAGCUAAAGCUAGGGCUUUUUCUGUUACUGUUUUGUCUUUAAGAGAUGCAAUCGGAUAGGUCCGAUUCCUCGGGUCCGAUAACCCAACGUCUCAACUCUUUGCCGUCUGCUACUGAUACUAGAGGAAAGCAUAGGAUACAAGCAGAGCUCAAGCGGCUUGAGCAAGAAGUCAGAUUUUUAGAGGAAGAGUUGGAACAGCUUGAUAAGAUGGAAAAUGCCACAGCUGCAUGCAAGGAAAUGCUGCUUAACGUGGAAACUAGACCAGAUCCUCUACUGCCAAUAACAAAUGGCCCUCUAAAUCCAUUAUGGGAUCGAUGGUUUGAAGGUCCGCAAGAAUCACAAGGUUGCAGAUGUUGGAUUCUCUGAUAUUGAUGGUUGAGUUCUGGCUUUAUAGCUCUGAUUGUUGAUUGUUGAUUGUUGGCAGAGUCUUCAAGUUACAGAGUGCAACAUUUUUUAGCAAUGCUUUGACAUAUGUUUGACAGGGUGCUUCGUUGUGUAGAAAGUAAUAGUUAUAUGGCAACAUUUCUAAAUUUCCAAAUUUAUAAUGAAAUCCUUCAUUGUGCAAUA